CUCACCUUUCUUGACAUGUCAACCAAUCAUCUUUCGGGAACAAUUCCUUCAGAAAUAGGAUUGCUCAGCUCUCUCAGUUCUCUCUCUUUGAGUUCUAACAACCUCACGGGUUCCAUACCUCUAGCUAUAGGAAAUUUGGAUUACUUAACCGACUUAUACCUAUUUCACAACAAUCUCAUAGGGUCCAUCCCCGCUUCAAUAGAGAACAUGAGAAAUCUCAAAACAAUGCACCUUUACAAGAACUCUCUCUCUGGAUCUAUCCCUCAAGAAGUAGGAAUGCUAAGAUCUCUCACUAAUCUUGAAUUGUCAACGAAUAAUUUCACGGGAUCAAUCCCCGCUUCAAUAGGGAACUUGAGAAACCUCACAAGAUUGAUCGUUUUCGAGAACUCUCUCUCGGGAUCUAUCCCUCAAGAAGUAGGAAUGUUAAGAUCUCUCACUGAUCUUCAAUUGUCAAUGAAUAAUCUCACGGGAUCAAUCCCCGCUUCAAUAUGGAACUUGCGAAACCUCAAAACAUUAUACUUUCACCACAACUCUCUCUCUGGAUCUAUCCCUCAAGAAGUAGGAAUGCUAAGAUCUCUCACUGAUCUUGAAUUGUCAACGAAUAAUCUCACGGGAUCAAUCCCUGCUUCAAUAGGAAACUUGGGAAACCUCACAACGUUGUACCUUUUCGAGAACUCUCUCUCUGGAUCUAUCCCUCAAGAAGUAGGAAUGCUAAGAUCUAUCACUAAUCUUGCAUUGUACACGAAUCAUCUCACGGGAACAAUCCCAGCUUCAAUAGGGAACUUGAGAAACCUCACAAUGUUGUACCUUCACGAGAACUCUCUCUUUGGAUCUAUCCCUCAAGAAGUAGGAAUGCUAAGAUCUCUCACUAAUCUUGCAUUGUACACGAAUCAUCUCACGGGAACAAUCCCAGCUUCAAUAGGGAACUUGAGAAACCUGACAAUGUUGUACCUUCAAGAGAACUCUCUCUCUGGAUCUAUCCCUCAAGAAGUAGGAAUUCUAAGAUCUCUCACUAAUCUUGCAUUGUACACGAAUCAUCUCACGGGAACAAUCCCCGCUUCAUUAGGAAACUUGAGAAACCUCACAACAUUGUACCUUUAUGAGAAUUCUCUUACUGGAUCUAUCCCUCAAGAAGUUGGGAUGCUAAGAUCUCUCAUUGAACUUGAUUUGUCAAUGAAUAAUCUCAUAGGAUCCAUCCCCGCUUCAAUAGGGAACUUGAGUAACCUCACAAAAUUGUAUCUUAGCGAGAAUUGUCUCUCCGGAUCUAUCCCUCAUGAAGUAGGAAUGCUAACAUCUCUUACUGAUCUAAAAUUGUACAACAAUUAUCUCACGGGAACAAUCCCCACUUCAAUAAGGAACUUGAGAAGCGUUACAAGUUUGCUUCUUUACAACAACUCUCUCUCUGGAUCUAUCCCUCAAGAAGUAGGAAUGCUAAGAUCUCUCGCUAUUCUUUCAUUAUACAUGAAUCAUCUCACUGGAACAAUUCCCGCUUCAAUAGAAAACUUGAGAAACCUCACAGUCUUGAACCUUCACGAGAACUUUCUCUCUGGAUCUAUCCCUCAAGAAGUAGGAAUGCUACGAUCUCUCACUAUUCUUGCAUUGUACAAGAAUUAUCUCAAUGGAACAAUCCCUGCUUCAAUAGGGAAUUUGAGAAACCUCACAUUGUUGUACCUUCACGAGAACUAUCUCUAUGGAUUUAUCCCUCAAGAUGUAGGAAUGCUACGAUCCCUCACUAAUCUUUCAUUGUACACGAAUCAUCUCACGGGAACAAUCCCCCCAUCUAUAUGGAACUUGAGAAACCUUAGAUUGUUGUACCUUCACGAGAACUCUCUCUCUGGAUCUAUCCCUCAAGAAGUAGGAAUGCUAAGAUCUCUUACUGAUCUUUCAUUGUACAGGAAUUAUCUCACAGGACCAAUCCCCACUUCAAUUGGGAACUUGAGAAACCUCACAACAUUGCAACUUUACGAGAACUCUCUCUCUGGAUCUAUACCUCUAGAACUAGACAAUCUUAGAUAUCUAAAGGAUCUUGGAUUAUCCUCCAACAAGCUCACAGGACAUCUAUCGCCGUAUAUGUGCGUUCAUGGAUCACUUGUGAGAUUUUCUGCAAAAAACAACUACUUGGUAGGUCAUAUCCCAACCGGCUUGAGAAAUUGCAGUGAGUUACGUCGUCUCAAUCUUGGUCAAAACCAACUGACAGGGCAUAUAUCAAAAUUUUUUGGGGCAUUGUCAAACCUUGUAUAUUUAGAUAUCAGUCACAAUAAUUUCUAUGGCGAGCUUUGGCACAAAUGGGAACAGUUUCCCAAUUUGACUGCCCUGAAGAUCUCCAACAAUGACCUUUCUGGAAAUAUUCCACUUGGCAUUGGAAGCGCAACUCAGUUACGUUUACUUGACCUCUCUUCAAAUCAUCUAGUUGUUGCGGUCCCGAAAAUUUUUGGAAAGUUGGUUUUAUUAUUCAAUCUUACUCUUAGUAAUAACAAACUUUCGCAUGAUAUUCCAGCAGAAAUUGGAAGCAUGUCUAGUCUUCAGUAUCUAGACUUGUCUGGAAACAAUCUGAGUGGACCUAUUCAAGGGAAGUUGGGUGACUGUGUGAAUCUUCUGAACUUGAACUUGAGCAGAAAUCUUUUCAGUAAGACUAUUCCUUAUGAAUUAAGAAAAUUGCAGUUUCUUCAAAAUCUUGAUCUUGGAAAUAAUUUAUUAACAGGAGAGAUACCACCAGUGAUCGGGAACUUGAAAACCUUAGAGACACUAAACCUCUCCCACAACUUGUUGUCCGGUUCUAUCCCCUUUUCUUUUAAUGGGAUGUCAAGUUUAACAUCCAUUGACAUAUCUUACAAUCACUUAGAGGGUCCUUUACCAAGCACAAAAGCAUUUGAAGAUGCUCCAUUUCAGGCAUACCGUAAUAACGACAGAUUGUGUGGCAAUAAAACUAGUUUGAUGCCAUGCUCACUGAAGCAGAGCAAUGGAGAUAAAGGGAGAAAUUAUAACAAAAUUGUGCUUCCAAUUGUAGUUCCUUUGGGUAUUGUAUUUCUUAUUAUGGGUAUAACUUUCCUGGUUCAACGCAAUAGAAUGGUGGACAACGAAAUCAAGCCAAACAAAGCAUUUAAUAAAGAUUUGUUUGAGAUUUGGAGCUUUGAUGGAAAAUUGGUGUAUGAAAACAUCAUUGAAGCAACAGAAGAUUUCAAUGACAAGCAUUGCAUUGCAGUAGGUGGAUAUGGCGUUGUUUAUAGAGUUGAGCUGCCAAGUGGUCAGGUUGUCGCUGUAAAAAAGUAUCCUCCUUCGCAAGAUGGUGAGUUGGUUAAUUUGCAAAGUUUUACAAGUGAGAUACGUGCAUUGACAGAGAUACGACAUCGGCAUAUCAUAAGGCUUUUGGGUUACUGUUCACAUCCACAACACUCAUUUUUGGUUUAUCAGUUCUUCGAAGGGGGGAGCUUGGAUAAAAAACUAAGCUGUGAGGAACAAGCACUAAGUUUGGAUUGGGGUAAGAGGGUAAAUGUUGUUAAAGGUUUGGCAUAUGCUUUGUCAUAUAUGCACCAUGACUGUUCACCCCCGGUCAUUCAUCGUGAUGUAUCAAGCAAGAAUGUUCUAUUAGACUUAGAAGAUAUCGCUUAUCUCUCCGAUUUCGGAACAGCUAGACUUCUAAAUCUGCACUCGUCAAAUUGGACUUCUUUUGCAGGCACCCUGGGAUAUGCUGCUCCAGAACUUGCUUACACAAUGGAGGUGAAUGAGAAGUUAGACGUCUAUAGCUUUGGAGUUUUAACGCUUGAAGUUAUAAUGGGAAGGCACCCAGGGGAUCUCAUCUCUUCUUUUUCUUCAUCAUCUUUUGAUUCCUCACCACCAUCUUCUUAUGGGAUUCUGCUGAAGGACAUAUUGGAUAAACGUCUCCCACUUCCAAGUAAUCAUGUAGAGGCAGUGGUUCUUCUUGUAAAGGUAGCACUUGCAUGUUUGCACCCUAACCCGCGUUGCCGACCAACUAUGGAACAAGUUUCUGUGGCUCUAUCCAAACAGAAGUCAAAUCUGCAGGACCCAUUCCUCAGGAUCACAUUAGGACAACUACUUGAUGACAAUUGAAUCUCGUUCGUCAGGAAGAUGUAGAUGCAAUUGAAGCUCAGAGACCAAAGCUUUUGCUUCUCGUUCAUCAAGAAAGUUUGAAGCGCUAUAGGUUUAGAGCUUCACAAUCGAUCAUUUUUUGGUGAGUUCACAAUCGAUUAUGUUCAUCGUUUGAAUUUUCUUCGUUGCAGUGGUAGUUCAUGAUGAGCAUAGCUUCUACUUCAUCCCAACCCACACAAAGGCAAACAAGACGCCCAACAUGGAUGCAUGGUGAUUGGAACCCUGGUGGUGGAAUGUUACAUAUAGUUCCCAAUGAGUUAAACCAAAUAGUUGAAGGACAUACACCUCUUGCUUCUCAUUUGGGUGUUUUAGCUCGCGAUGGAAGUCUUUUACCACUCACUUAUAAAAGCUGGCAUUAUGUUCCAAAAUAAAACAAGAGCGAAUUUGGAGGGAGAUAAAGAUGAUUCUAUGAAGCGAAUGAAAUGUCUUCAACGGGGAAGAAAUGGAGAGAGUGGAAAGUCACACUAUAAAGCCAUUACAAAUGAUGCAGAGAGGUUAGUUCAUCGACUUGAAAGGGUAAACAAGCAUAAGUGGCGAGCCUUGGCCUAAUAUUGGGGCACUCGGAAAUUAAGCAAGGAAGAAAGCCAAGAAGAAUAAACAAAUUCAUAAGAAAAAGACAUUGCAUCACAGAACAGGGAGAAAGCCAUUUGUUGUUGUUCGACUAGAGGAACAAAGGGGUUCUCGGCCGCAAGUCGCAUGCAUGUGUGGAAGGCAAAGAGGGCUCGUUGGCAAGUGAUACGGUUAAUGAGGUCAUGACGCAAAUGAUGGAGCUCUCGACGCAAAUGGAGGGAUCUUCUACUGAAUAUCCACGUGCAUAGAUGAGGAUAUCUUUGUAAAAGUUAUGGGUCCUAAGCAACCUGGUCGUGUUCGAACAUUUGGAUUAGGCCCUUCUAUCAAAGAUGUCUUUGCAGGUGGAUAUCCGCGAUCACAAGAGGAAACCCAUAUAUUUCAAGCACAAAUGCAAGAGUAGUUUCAAUUGUACCGGGUCCAAUUUGAGACAAAAAUGAAAAGAGAUGAUGGAGACGCAAAUUGAGGUUAUGCGUUCGUAAAUGGAUGCUACUAUUCAAGCACAAGCCGCUACCAUUCAAGCUUAGCAAAUAAGGAUGGAGCAUUUGGAGUCUCAAUUGGUGACCAGGGGAGGGCCUGCUGCACGUGAGGCUGCUUGGGGUCACCACCCAAUGUCACGACCGCAACAAAACUCGCACGAGUUUACCUCCUCCUCAAGUCACCAAAAGGUCGCCCAAUCAAAGACAAAGAACAAGAACAAGAACAAAAGCAAAAGGAGGCAUCAUAUAUAAACUGCCGCUUUUUUUUUUUUUGGUUUUGUUUGUGUCUUGUUUCUUUUGUGUCCUGUUUUUUUUUUUUUUUGGAGUCUUGUGUACUCUAUUAGUUUGGAGUCCUGAGUCUUGUGUCCUGUGUCAGUUUGGCAUCUUGUGUACUAGUGUGGAUGGUGUUUCCUAGUUUUUGGAGGACUAAGGGAUCUAGAUUUUGUUGCUGAUGCAAUUUGUGCUGUUGUAUUAUUAUUCU